UGACAUGAACCGCAUUCACUUGCAGCUCUACAAUGGCCAAGUAUGCUCUGGCUAACCUCUUUAUCCUCCUUCUAAACUUGGGCACUUUGCUCACUUCUCUUGCUUGCCCUUACUGUCCAUACCCAACUCCACCCUCUAAGCCACCGCCCGGGCAUCCUCCUAAAUACCCACCGAGACACCCUCCAAAAGUAAAGCCACCCUUUCACCCUAAACCACCAAAACAGCCGCCUCAUGUCAAGCCACCCCAUCCCAAACCUCCCCAUGUCCCUAAACCACCCAUUGUCAAACCACCCACCAUUCCCAAACCUCCGAUCGUUCGUCCUCCCUAUAUACCAAAACCUCCUGUAGUGAACCCACCACCUUUUGUACCAAAACCUCCUGUAGUGAACCCACCACCUUUUGUACCAAAACCUCCUGUAGUGAACCCACCACCUUUUGUACCAAAACCUCCUGUAGUGAACCCACCACCUUUUGUACCAAAACCUCCUGUAGUGAACCCACCACCUUUUGUACCAAAACCACCUAUUGUUUACCCACCAAAUCCCCCUGUAACACCACCAUCGUCACCACCGUAUAUUCCUAAACCUCCUGUGGUAACUCCGCCUAUAAAACCUCCUACACCACCAACCCUACCGCCUAAGCCACCAGUGAUCACCCCACCUACGAAGCCACCAACCCCAGAAACCCCAUGCCCUCCUCCUCCACCCCCUCCGGUGCCAUGUCCACCUCCACCACCAAAGCAGGAAACUUGCCCCAUUGAUACUCUUAAGUUAGGAGCAUGUGUUGAUGUGUUAGGUGGGCUAAUCCACAUUGGUAUUGGGAGUAGUGCCAAGGAUGCAUGUUGUCCAGUGCUUCAAGGGCUUGUAGACUUAGAUGCUGCUCUAUGUCUUUGCACCACCAUCAAAGCUAAGCUUCUUAAUCUCAAUAUUAUUAUACCUAUUGCUCUUGAGGUCCUCGUUGACUGUGGCAAGAACCCACCUCCAGGAUUCCAAUGUCCAGCCUAAGGUGCUCCAGUCUUGAAGUUUCUUCUUCAUAUUGGAUUUAGAUUUUGAUGAUAUCUAGCCAUUUAGUGGAGUUGUCACCGCUAGAAAAGCUGUUCGGCUCGAAGUUGUAGCCACAGUGAAUUAGCAGAGAAUAACUUGUCUUAUGUUCUUUUUCUUCCUUUCUUUCUUCUCGCUGUCUGGCAAAUGAAUGUACACAUUCGAGGACUUGUUCUAUAAUUAAGGUUGCCAAUGUUGAGGAAUGUGAUACUUAUAUUUUCUUCCA